AUGGUCCUCGGGGCAGGGCCCGGAGCCAACGAGGAUGCUGCCGGACACCUUACUGCCAAGCCCCACAUCACAGUGCCACCCUCAACUCGGGGAGCCCGAAGCCACACCCACUUCAUCCACCAUCGGGGACCACCCACUCGGACCCACGUCAGUGGGAAGAGGGGGAAGCGGUCCAGGAUUGCAGGGGUCCGGCGGAGCCACACCCGGGUGCCAGGCUGGGCCCAUGAGAGACCAAUGGGGAGCAACAAGGAGGAGCAGGUCCUGCACUCACUAAGCCAGCUGGGACAGGAUGCAGGUGGGCUUGGGGCAGGGCCAGGGGACAGGAAAGCCUCCAGCCAGGCCAGAGCCUCUGACCCCCCACCUGCCCACAGACCUCCGGACGACACUGGUAUUUCCAGGCCUCGGGCCGCUCUCCUGGAGAGGCACCUGCCGGAGGGGGAGAAACAGCCCCACAGCAUCGGGCAAGGGCCCUACUUCUACAUCGGAGGCACCAACGGGGCCUCCAUAAUCAGCUCCUACUGCAGGGGCAAGGGUUGGCAGCGCGCCCAGGACAGCCGGCAUGAGGACUGCAAGCUGACGUGGUGUGAGCUCAAGUGCAGAGACAACUACUACCGCUUCCGGGAAGGCGAGCAGUUGUUGUACCAGAUCCCCAACAACAAGCUCCUCACCACCAAGAUCGGGCUGCUCAGUGCCCUGAGGGAGUACUCAAGGGUUGUGAACAAGAUCCACAAGACAUCACCAUGUGCCCAGGCCAAAUCUAGAAAGGACACAGCAUCUGCUCUUGAGGAGCUCACGUGGACCAGCCCAGGAUGCCUCAGGCCACAGAGGGUCCUGAAAAUGGAAGAAUUUUUCCCAGAGACCUACCGUCUGGACAUCAGGGACGAGAGAGAGGCUUUCUUCACUCUCUUUGAUGAAAAUCAGAUAUGGAUCUGCAAGCCCACGGCCUCCAACCAGGGCAAAGGCAUCUUUCUGCUGAGGAACCAGGAGGAAGUCGCCGCCCUGAAAGUCAAGACCCAGAGCAUUGAGGACGACCCCAUCUACCGCAAGAUGCCUUUCAGGGCGCCUCAGGCGCGGGUUGUGCAGAGGUACAUCCAGAACCCCCUGCUACUGGAUGGGAAGAAGUUUGAUGUGCGCUCCUACCUGCUCAUUGCCUGUGCCAUGCCGUACAUGGUCUUCUUUGGCCAUGGCUAUGCCCGCCUCACCCUCAGCCUUUAUGACCCCCAUUCCAGCGACCUCAGCAGCCACCUGACCAACCAGUUCAUGCAGAAGAAGAGCCCCCUGUACGUGCUGCUCAAGGAGGACACAGUGUGGAGCAUGGACCGCCUCAACCGCCACAUCAACGACAAAUUCAGGAAGACCAAGGGGCUCCCCAGAGACUGGGUCUUCACCACCUUCACGAAGCGGAUGCAGCAAAUCAUGGCCCACUGCUUCCAGGCUGUCAAGUCCAAGCUCCACUGCAAGCUGGGCUACUUUGACCUCAUUGGCUGUGACUUCUUGAUUGAUGAGAACUUCAAGGUGUGGCUGCUGGAGAUGAACUCCAACCCUGCCCUGCACACCAACUGUGAAGUCCUGAAGGAGGUGAUUCCAGGCGUGGUCAUGGAGACCCUGGACCUGGCAAUCGAGACCUUUCAGAAGAGCUUGCGCAACCAGAAGAUGCUGCCUCUGCGGUCACAGCGCCGCUUCGUGCUCCUGCACAACGGCGAGGCGGACCUGUGGCCGCGCUUAGGGGGCUCCCGCAGCGCCCUCCGCCCGCCGGUGCCCCCGCCCCGGCCCGCGUGCGAGGCCGACUGCUCCGCGCCACCUCUGCUCAGCGCAGCCGACGGGCCGGGCGCGCGCAGGCCCGCGCUACCCCGGAGCCCCGGGGGCGCGCACGGGCGGCCACCCUCGGCGCAGAGACGGCCCCGACCGCCCGGCCCUGGCCCCGACGGCGCCCAGAGCCGGCAGCCCGGGGCCGACCGGCCGCGAACGGGCGCUGGGGAGCCGGCGCGAGAGCCCUCCCCGGGUCUGGCAGAGGAGGAGCGCGAGGAGCGCAAGAACGCGGGUCACCGCGGCUCCUAGCGGGCGGGCCACCAGCGCCCUCUCGGGACCUAUAAAGGCUACUUUGUUACAAACGGCCUCUGCUGCGAAUCAGGUGGCCCGCAGCCCCUGGAUGCCCCAGGCUUCCCCACGCUCGCUCCCCAAGACGCUCCCAUGGGGGCUUCCCUGGACCCAACGCCCUUCCCUCUGCCCCACAAGUCCCUACUCCAUUGCUGGGACCAGUCCUUGGCGGCUGGGGUGGGGGCCCUGGGGGAGGGGGCUGGGAAGUCUGUCCUACUAGAAGGAGAUGAGCUCCCCACAGCCUCCUACUUGGCCCUCAUAGGGCUGCCUCUGUCAUGGGGAAGCCCACCAGUUCCUGGGCUCCUGCUUAUCACCUUGUGUCUCUCAUUGACCAGGACCCUACUUGACCCCUACUGCCUGACUCUCUGAUCCCCAGGAAAGGGCCUGGGUCCCCAUGGAAAGGAGGACUCGCUCACACCCAACCCUGGUGCUGCCCUCACCCUGCCCGGGCACAGCCCCUUUCUGGGCCUUCAGAGCACCUGGGCUCUGCACUCCCCUCUGCUUCCCGGGGCCCCUGAUGAUCCCAUAGGCCCGGCACUGCGGAAGCCCAGAGGACCUAGGCCGUGGGUGAGGGGCACGUGGCCAUGGCAGGACAGCCCCGAGGGAGGCCCUACCCUGGCCAGUCCAUGCGUGGUUUCAGGUGUUCCCAUUCCUCGUGGGCCCAGCCCUGAGGAUGCAGAGAGAUUCAGGGCCUCUGACGUGUCCAGGUCCCCUGCUACCACUAAGUGUCCAGAGCCAGCCAUAAUCCCCUCUCCCCUGGCCCCCCCCCAGCCACCUGUACCCAUCCCAGUCCAGAUCCCAGGGUCCAGGCAGGCAGCCCAACCCCCAGCUACCACCCCAUCCCACCCCCCACCCCCCCACCAGCUUGCACACCUCCUCAUCUGUUCCCUCUCACACACCCUGCCCUCAUCUCAGCAAAUAGUUACCACCAAGUCACCAAUGCUCUCCUCCUGACCGGCUGGAACCCACUCUCUGUUCUACACUGGAGUGCAGGCAGGACCUGGGGUCCACAGGGGUCUGCUGUCCAGCCACAGCUCUGCUGGGAAUGCAGCUCCGUUCCCAGGGAAGCAAAAGCCACAGCACCACUAGAGGGCACCGUGUACCACUGUGUCUCAGGCGGGGGCGCCAAGAAAAGCCCCCAGGCCUGGGGCCAGGGACUGACCUAUCCAGUCACUCACAGACCACCCGCCCGACCCCUGCCA